CUCCCAGGUUUUUUGGCAGCGCCAAAAAGCGACCGGGAGUGUUGGCGCAGCACUCUAAGCGCUGUUGGCCACUGGACCCUGGCGGUGUGAAAUUUCACACCCAGAUGGAGGUUGUGUGAGGCUUCCCCAGAUCAUGGCUCAUUUGGAUGAAGCAGCCCGCCAGCUGUCCAAAAGUGGGACAACCCUCUAUGCCGUGCUGGAGCUUAAGAAAGGUGCCUCACCUGAAGACAUCAAAAAGGCUUACAGGAAACUGGCCUUAAAGUAUCAUCCAGACAAGAAUCCAGGGGAUGCUCAAGCAGCAGAAAUAUUCAAAGAGAUCAACACAGCCCACUCCAUACUGAGUGACCCUAAGAAGCGGAAAAUCUAUGACCGGCAUGGCUCGUUGGGAAUAUACAUAUACGAUCACUUUGGUGAAGAAGGCGUCACAUACUAUUUUACGAUGAAUAGUUGCUGGUUCAAGACACUGGUCCUCCUGUGUGCCCUGCUCACCUGCUGCUGUUGCUGCUGCUGCUGCUGCUUUUGCUGUGGAACGCUUAAGCCGCCAUCUGAGGAGGUUGCCAGAAGAUACCAGCAGAAUGUCCAGAAUCAGCCUCCGAGGGCAGGAAACAAAAGAAACUUUAGAAGAGGUCAAGAUGAUGAUGAAGAUGAUUUCUAAAAGAAGAAGAGGAGUGCUGACCCAGCGAGGGUGCCUUCUGCUGCCCAACACACUGGACAUGUUGAAGAGGGGAGCAAGUAGCCGUGUCCUGACAUUGACCCUGAUUUGCCCCUCUUCUUAUAAAAAUCCCAACUUCAGAAGCCUUGAUGGCAUCUAUCCCAGUGAGGAUGCCCCCUCUGUCCUUGAUGGUAUCAUUGACCCUGGCAAUACAGGGUCACCCACCUCCUCUUCUUUUUAGCUCCAGUCCCAAUUUUAAUCUGUUUAGACAGCAGCCCUCCCAUCUCUACCCUUAUGAGGUCUCAGGCCAUGGUGACAGACUUUUCCCAAGCAUUCUUUUUCCUGUGCCUUGAGAUUUGGGCCAAUUUCAACUGGUAAGGGCCCUGAGCCACUUUCACUGUCUCCACCAAGAUCCUGAUAACUGAGCAGAGUAGAUCC